CACACACCACAAAAGUGUUUACCUUGGUGAACGGAGGAGGAGGCCGGGUUGUUUUUCACAUCUGCUUUCACGCUGUAAAAAAAUAAUAUGAGAGUUCACGUCUGUUCUAGUUGGGGGGGGUGGGGGUGUCAAGCAGAUAUGAAAGAGUCCAACUUGUGUGAUCUUAAACAGAAUGAAGCCAUUGUUUCUCUGUGCAGCAGUCAAGGUCGCCAGAUUGGAAGCCAUGCAGGCGGACAAACGCGCUAAUUGAUUCCCCUGCUCUGCGAGUUCCAAACCUGAAAUGACCAUGUGGCCUCAUCUCGUGCUCCUCCUCCUCUCCUCCAGUCUGGUUUUUUCUUUCGAGUGUCCAGCAGAUUGUACUUGUAGCAACCCGGACUCUAUAUUUUGCACCAGUCGACGGUCCAAAACCGUACCCCGGGUCCCGGCCAGCACCACAAACCUUUACAUCUUCCACAACGGCAUCAAUACUUUGAGCCAAAACGACUUUGUGGGUCUCGGAGACUUGGAUAUGCUAGAUCUGAGCCAGAAUGAGCUGGGAGAGAUUCCGGAUGGUGUAUUUAAGAUGUUGUCCAAGCUGAAGAACUUGGACCUGUCCUCGAACCUCAUUACUCACAUUUCCAAAGAGAGCUUUUCUGGCUUGGUCCAGCUGGAGCGACUGUAUCUCCACCAAAACCAAAUCCAGAGCAUCCAGAGAGAAGCUUUUGAAGGUUUAGAAAUGCUACUGGAACUCAAGCUCCGAGGGAAUAAACUCACAUCCUUGCCGUCUCUUGAGCUACCCAGCCUUCUGCUUCUAGACCUGAGUUACAACAGCAUCCCAACCUUGCAUGUCUCGGACCUUCAUACACCCCACUUAGAAUCCCUUAGAAUGGCUUCCCUUGGGCUUCUCCAUCUAGAUGAAGAUCUCAUAGCCUCCCUGGGGAACCUCCACGAGCUCGACAUCUCCCUGAACCUAUUAACGGAGGUUCCCCAGGCCCUAAAGAUGGACUCCCUGAAGGGCUUGAUCAAGCUCAACCUGGCCGCCAAUCCAUUGAGUGAGCUAAGAACCGAAGACUUUCAGAAACUCACCGGGCUCCAGGAAUUAGAUCUCAGUGGUCUAAAUCUUCAGGGAUUCCCCCAAGACUUUUUCCAGUCUUUCCCCAGACUUGUAAGUCUGGCAGCGGCUGAAAAUCCAUUCAAUUGUUUGUGUCCCCUGGCUUCCUUUGUGGUAUGGCUGAAAGAGAAGAAUAUCGAUUUGGUGAGACUUCGGGAAACCAGAUGCCACUUUCCUCUAGCUAAUGCUGGGAAGAUGCUAUCAGUAUUGGACCACACAGAUUUUGGUUGUACACCGACGACAACAACUUUGCUGCCCAUGGCGAGUACUCCAGCACCACAGGAUCCUACCACAUCCCAAGAAACGACCCACACCAAUGCAAUUCCUCCCCCGCCCCCAAGCGAACAAACCCUGGACUCCAAAACAGACCCGCUUCCAUCGCAACUCCCUGCCCCCACCGUCGGGGAAUACGACCAACACAUCUGCCCACCAAACAUCUGUCUCAAUGGUGGCACUUGCAGUUUUGACCCAAUAGGGCAACUGGGAUGCCUGUGUCCUUCGGGAACAUCUGGACUCUAUUGUGAAAAUGUCCACGAUGUAACGCAAGCACCGAAACCUCGGCUAACAGAAGUGUCUGUCGAGGCUUCCACAGUUCUCGAGGAUGUCAUCAGCUCCCGUCAGGUGACCUCCACCUCCAUCCUUCUGGAUCUGCACCUCUUCAUCAAGACACGGCCAAAUAUUCGCGGAAUCAGGCUGACCUACCGCAAUCUCUCGGGCCCCGACCGCCGCCCCAUUAUUUUGAGCGUGCCGGCAACCUACCCCGAGUACACUCUCCGUGGACUGAGACCCAACUGUACCUACUCGGUCUGUGCAAGUCCUCUCGGGGAGAGAAUAACCACAAGGGCCAACAGUUCAGCUGAGACCGGGUCAUGUACAGAAGCUCGGACUGCGGGGGUUCCUUUGACAUCCCUAGAACCCCGAGCAGAGACUCAAAACUCACUCACUUAUACUCUCCUUCCCGCAUUAGCUGUUCUGGCGCUGGUGCUGGGCUUGGCCUUUCUGGUUGGUCUGAUCAUCUGUCUAAGGGUAAAGAAGCACAGUAAAGCGGGAAUGGACCUGGAGCUGGGUCCUGCCGAUCUGGACGAUUCAUCGGAAGUGGAAGGCAUCAAGGCAUGUCCGGAAAAUCGGGGAAACAAUCCAGUGGCUCACAAACAGACAGCGAUGGAUCACUGUGGCGCUCGACAACCGCACGCAACAACAAAAAUGCAACAAAAUGGCCACUUUGAUUAUCAGGUACCGUUGAUGCAAGAACAUUCCAGUUCAAAUAACAAUCGCUCAUCCUUAAAGCCAUCCUAUUUCUAAGAUAUGUGAACAUCUUUUUGGAGUACUUCAAGCAUUCUAAACUUUUCUUCCGGCUGACUGGAAUGGCCGUUGAGAGAAUGAACAUGAACGAUUACAGGCUGAGGUUUGUCGGGGGGGGGGGGGGGGGGGGGGGACAAGCAAGUGAUUAAACAAAGUGCAAUUGACAAGAAAAGAUCUUGUUCCAGAAAAUGUGCUAUUAUAUUUUGAACAUGGACGCAACCAUUGACAAUGGUUUGUUUGAAAAUGGUUUCUUGUUCGAGAAAUCUAUUGCUGGAUUUAGAGGUGAAACUGGAGAAAAAUGCAGCAUUUGCAUUUGAUCUAAACCGGAACGGAAGAUGGAUUCUGAGAAUAUUUUUUACUGAAGAAUGGGACUCAGGUAGCUGACAAUCCCUUUUUUUUUUUGUACUUGUAUAGACUAAGUGCUAGUUGACAUUAUAACAGCCCAAAACUUUGAAUUCAGAGACUCAUCAUUCAUUUUUUGUUACCGACUGAUGUCCACUCAGAAACCGAAAGAUCGUCUGUAAAUUUUCAUCUUUGCCUUGUCUAAAGAGAGAAAUCUCAAUGAGUUAAAGUGUAAAUGGUUUACAAAAGUGUACCUUUGAUUCAGCAGGCAUGCAGAUGUUUUAAAACAGCGCUCAUAAAAGAUGAUGCCACAUUUUGGUAGGGCUGCUCAAUUAUGGAUAAAAAUCAUAAUUAAUUUGUUCAAUAUUGAAAUCACUAUUAUGAAACGCCAAAUAAUCAUUUCUCCUCAAUCAUGGGAAUUUCGAGAUCGUAUUGAGCUAAAAUCAUAAUGGCGAUUAAAAUCCGAUCAGUUGAGCAGCCCUACGAAUCGGCUACUAAUAAAACUGCAUUCGGCGACUAUUUUUUAAAAAGUAAAACAAAGUUUUUUUGUGAAAUGCAGUAUGGAAAGUGUCACAGCUAUAGCGUAGCAUUAACACAUCAACUGGAAUACUUUUAUGCUGCUUUGGAUUUUGAAAGGAAUUGCUGUUUGGAACGAGGUCACCAAAGCGCCAUCAUGCUCUGUAUUGUUUGUCGAAAAUGUGUUUGUCAGAAAAUGACGCCAACAAAAUGGACAGUAUUAAAACAAUUUUCUAUACAA